AUGCCACCGACCCUGCUUGAGGAAUACUUGCAGUCGCCGAGGGUCCCGAGGGACGACAUUGUGGUGUGGCUUGGGCGCCACGAAUACCCCUACAGGGCCCGCAAGGCCGUGCUCGUGGCUCUGGCCAUCGAGAAAAACGUCGUUCCCGAGGAGAUCAUUCGCCUGGCGAACGCUCAAGCGCUUCCCGUCCCCGCCGCGUUCCCGGCGGUCGCUGCCGCCAGCGCCGCUCGUGCCAUCCCCGUUGAUCCCUGGAUCCUUGUGAAGGCCAGAGCGUGGAAUGACGACCGCCGCGACCCAUACGAGGAGGACACCGACGGCGAUGUCGUACUUCAUGGGCAAGGGCAACGCGACAAAGUGGCCAAGCUCCUCAAGAACAAGGGCAUCGACCACGCGGGCAAGCCCAAGGAGCUGGCCACACGCCUGGCCCAACACCCGUACGCCCUCACGGACGCCGAGCUUGCCGCGGCCGAGCAAUGGAACGACGACCGGGCCGCUCCCCACCCGCCCACCCGCCCCACACCCCAGCCGACAGCCAGGGCGCCAGCGGAGCUCGAGAUCGAGGUCGCGCGCCUCAUCCGCGCCCAAGAGGAGGCCGAGCUGGAGCGCGGGGGCGACGAGGAGGCCGAGGCGGCGGACGCCAAGCUCGGCGACGGGGAGGGCGACGAGGAGGAGUGGGACGACGAGGAGGAGCGCCUUGGCUGGAUUGACGACCAGCUCAACAAGCUCCGCCCACUCAGGGAACGCGAGUACACGGCUCCGGAGCACGCCGCCACCAGGAACCAGGACCGCGAGCGCUUCCAGGCUGUGGAGACCGCCCUGGCCAGGAUCAGGGCCGCAAGGAAGGCCCCCAGGGACGCCAGGCGCGCGGCACGCGUCGCGCAGGUCGCCCAGGGCCAAGGCGCAGCCGCCCCUCACCCGCCUGCCGUCCGCCGCCGCCAGACGCGCAACUAA